AUGAGUUCAAUCACACCUCCAGCUAAGGAACAAGUCCUUCAAUUAUACCGUCAAUUCAUCAGAGCUUCAAGCAGAUUCAAUAAUUAUAACUUCAGACAUUAUUUUAUCAGAAGAUCGAGAGAUGCUUUCAAAGAAUCAAAAGAUGUUAAAGAUCCAGAGCAAGUGCAUUCACUUUUAAGUAAAGCUCGUGAGGAAUUACAAGUAUUACAAAGACAAUCCAAGAUCAGUCAGAUGUACUCUUUUGAUAAGUUGGUUGUUGAACCAUUAGAUCGUCAUCACCGUAACCUAAAUGAAACAAAAGAAGGUGGCAAAUGA